GAACGAGCUAGCAAGCUGUAAACAGCCAUUUGCUACCUGGACAGGCGGUGGUUGGCAAAUUAAAGUGCUUUCCAGUACUUCCCAAAACGUGUCCCAUUAGCAUGGUUCUGUGGGAUAUUGAAGGGUAUCAGGUGUGGAUCUGACGCCAACAGACCGGCCAGUCUCCCUUUCUCACACAGCAGCUGCAAGCCCGGCCCUCCACAGAACUCUGGGAAAAGCAGCACCCUGCAGAGCGCUCUCGCCCGCGGGACUCUGGCCCCAGAAAUCGAAUUGGUUCAGAGAAUUUGCUUGGUGGAAAAGAGGUAGCGCUGGGAGAAUGUCAGGGGCGCCUGAAAUGGUCUGAAAGCUGCCCUAACGUUUGUCCUUAUUUGAAAGAGAAACAUCAAAUAGCGUCUGCCUUACUACUUUUUCGUUUUCGCCAUCCAGGGCAGUGUGUUUCAUGCUGGUCCAAGAACCAGUACUGCAGUGUGCAUUCACUGGACUGCAUCACAACCAGCGAUUCCAAUUGCUCAACUUUUGAUCUUGAAGUAACCGUGGAUUCACAGGUGGUCGUCAGAAAGACUGCAGAGACCCUGUGUAAACUUUCUUCCUGUGGGAGCACCUGUGUCACCACAGUGCACAGUCCCACUCCAGGGUUGCGACGCUGGCAUCGUCCACCCACCUUUGUCCUUUGUGUGUGUGGUGGUUUCUGUGCGUUUUCGUAGAUGAGAGCGCAGGACACCUAUGAAGGGGUAGAUGUUGGUUUGGAAACAAGUUUUAGUUCCAUCAGCGCACCAGGACUGGAUGGUAGAGAUGUCUUUUUACUGUCACAGUCAGGAAGUUUGGAAGCCACAAGCUGUUCUGUCACCAGACUUUGGUUUACUUCAUUGAAAUGGACUCCCAGAAAGCCCAGGGUGUUGGUUUGCGGUUGGCCACGUGGGGUACCCAUGCUCCCUUAUGUCUGGUGGGAGAACCUAGCUAAGCCAGGUGUUGAGACAAAGAGCUGCCGUGUGUUUUCUGUCCCCUUGGGAGUUUGUGGGUAAUUUUGACCAGAAGCAGUUUUUGCUUUUUUGGUAACAUCAAAACGUAGCUGCUUGGGAAGUUGAAACACGCUGUACCCUCUUGAGCACAGAGGGGAUCAGAGCUCUGCGAAGUACUGUUGCUGGCCAAACCAAGACUGCUUAGAAAGCAAAGGGCGGUAUGCCCCGAUGUAUCUGACUCCAGACCACUGUCGGCGUUAGAUCGGCUCGGGCAUCAGCCGCCAUCCACCCUCCCUCCUUCCUCACCUGCUGCCAGGACACACCUGCACGUAGCGUGGGCCAGCUCAGAGAUCCUCACCCCUACCUUCAGUCGGGAGGUCACACACACUGAGGCAUGUGAGCUGGUCUUACUGCUCGUUGGCUCCCCUGCGUUGAGGGCCCAACCAGGGGCCUGUCCAAGGAUGGGUGGAAGCAGUAGAGGCAAGGAGUCAGAGACUUCCGCUGAAACCAGGUACCGCUACUGAAGAGCUGUGUGACCCCAGAUGGCUUCAUCCCACCCCUGAUAGCCUCCUCUGUAGCUGAACACAUAGCAUCUACCCACAGGUUUCUCAGAGGAAACAAGUGCCUGUCACCCUAGGCAUCUGUAGUGGCUAACGUGAGUCCCCUUAGCACAUUCAAGGGAUCAGAAGUGACUAUGGGAGAGGCGAGGUCCAGAGUGAGCCAGGCCCCAUUCUGUCUUGUGGGUUUCCAGGCCGCCCCCAAGAUGCUUGGGAUGGUGGUGGGUGGAGAGCUGCAGGUGUAGAUGGAGGAGGAGCUGGACAAGCCAAGAGCUAGGCGCUGGGCAGGAAAGGCAGUAAGAUUGCAACAGGAAGUGGAGGGGAGGGGGCAGGGAAUUGAAACAAGGAAAAGGAAGCAGGCCCAGCUGCUGCCUUGGCCGCCUCCUGGGAGCCGGUGCAGUUGCCAUUCUGCUUGCUCAGCCCUGAGUUGUCCUGACUCAGCCCGGGUCUACUCCAGGGUGAUAGAGCGUUCACGCAGUGCUGCCCCCUUCCGGGGGUUGCCAGGAGCACUGCGCAUCUUGUGGCUCAGUGUGUGACCCGGAGACCAACAGGAAGGACACAGUUCAGGAUCCUGGCCACUGUCACAGGACUGUGCCGGGGAGGGGGGGCUCAUCUCUUGCAUUCCAGGGGAGCAGAGUGUUGUCCCCCCACUCAGGGAGCCAGCCAGGGUCUGGGAAGCCCCAGGCACACUGCCUGCACUGGCGCAGGAUCAUGGGCUCCCAGGCUGUGCAUCGGGGCAGACACAGAUUUCCAAGGGGGGACAGAAGUGGACAGAGGAGGUGGGGAGCCUUCUCUGCCAGAGCAUAGACCAGUCACCCUGGCGCAGGGCCGGCUGGUGGGGCGUCUGAACACGCACCAGAGCCCCCCACGGGCAAAGGGGAGACGUCGGGAUGAGUCAGGUCCAGUACCUGAGUGCGGAGCCCAGUGGAGUCAGACGAGCUGGAGAAGCGGCAGCAGGGCUGAUGGAGGACAGAGCCCCGCUCCCCGGCUCCCACCCUCCUGAGCUGCCCCGCUGCUCGUGUCAGCCCGCACACAGUGUUUAGACAGAGCAGCAAAGAAGAAACGCAGACCUCCCGGAUCCUGCCGGGAAGAGGCCUGUUUAUUGCUGCAGGCCCCUAUCCGAGGGGCCCAUCCCCACUUGUGUCCAGACCCCAGACUGAGCUCUGCCCUCUGCCCCAGCAGACAGUGUGGGCCCGAGGCCGCGCGCUGGGUGUUGGCGUCCUCCCUGGGGGGUGGGUGCGAGGCCGGCAGUUUUCCUCUCCCUUCCUUUAACACCUGAGCCCCACCACCCACGUGGGAGACCUGGACGGAGAGGCCGUGGGCCCAGGGUCCCCAGAGUACAGAAGUCCUCUUGCCCUGUGUACUUGGGCUCUGCGGCCAGGAAGUGUCAGGUCUCACCUGCAGGUCCAGCCGCUUCCCUCCUGCUUCCAGCCUGAAGGUUGUGGGUAGCUGGGCCCCUCCCCUCAUCCUAAAGCCGCGCUUGACAGAGGUGGGAACCAGGGCACCGUGCCUUGGGCUUCCAUGCCGCAAACCUGCCUCUCACAGCCUGAACCCACUUCCCUCCCUGCAGAGCAGAAGUGUCGGUCUCCAGCACUGCUCCUAGGCUCCCUAUGUGCCUUUCUCAUCGCAGGGUUUGUUGGGGUUUUUUUCUUUGUUUUAAUUAUGUAUUUGAAAGGCAGAGGGAGAGAGGGGGAGAUCUCAAUGGUCAUGAUGACUGGGGCUGGACCAGGCUGGAUCCAGGACCCUGGAACUCCAUCUGGGUCUCCCACGCAGGUGCAGGGGCCCAUUCCACUCUUUCCCAGGUGUAUUAGCAGGGAGCUGGAGCAGACGUGAAGCAGCCAGGGCACUGCCACAUGGGAUGCUGGCCUCACAGACAGCAGCUUAACCUGCUGCACCACCACACCGGCUCCUUUGUGGAGAUUUUUGGAUUUUUUUGAGGUUUUGUGUUUGUUUUAAUGUUGAAAGGGCAAGAGACAGAAGUCUUCCAUCCAUUGGUUCACUCUCCAAAUGCCUGCAAUAACCAGGGCUGGGCCGGGCCAAAGUUAGGACCCUGGAGCUGCCUUUGGGCCUCCCAAACCCAAGCACUUGUGGCAUAGUCUGCCGCCUCCCGGGUGCAUUAACAGGAAGCUGGGUUGGAAGGGGAGUAGCUGGGACUUGAACCCAGGCCCUCUGAUAUGGGGUGCAGACGUCUCAAGCAGCAGCUUAGCCCACUGUGCCAGAAGUCCUCAGAGGCGUUCUGAAGUGCAGGGCACAGGUGCAGACAAGAGCGGAAAUGCUAAUGUUAAUAGCUCACCGAGUGUUUGUGGGCCACAUUCUGAUCACACAUCUCGUUAAAUCUCACAAUAGUUGAAUACAGUUGUGAGCCCCAUUUUAUAGAUCAGGAAACAGACAAGAAAACUAGUCAUUUGCCCAAGUCACAUGGUUUAAAAAACAGGAUCCCAGCUAACUGAUGGCAGUGCUGGCUCGUGGGCCCUAACCGCCAUGGACGAGGCACUUGCUGACCAAGUGCCAAGCACCAGGUGUGUGCUGUUCUGUAUGCGAGCCAAGGUGCUUCCCACAGCCAUCCUGAGAGAUGGUCUGACACCCAUUUUACAGGGCCAGGUGGCGGGAAGACUGAGGCCCAGCAGUGGAUUGCUUAAAGCCACAUCCCCAGAGCCAUUUGUACCUCACAGCCCAGAACUUGACCUCAGAAAGUAGUUGAGAAAAGUGUGGAGGGACCUCCAAUUUGGGGAAGUAAGGCUUGCCCCAUAGGCUUUCCCCCACCACGGGGUGAGAUGAAGGGCGGAUGCUAAGGCCCCAACACACCCCCUGCCCUCCACUGCCGCCAUCACUGACCAGCAUCCAGGGUGCCACACACUCCCCUCAGCAGGUGGCAGGAGCACAGAGCUGAUGUGCUGUCAGCGGGCCACUCCAGGGGCUUAAGGCUCAUAAAUGUAAAUAUAUUAGCUAAGGCUGGAAACAGGAGGAGCAGACCAGAUCAUUAUGCAUGAACUAACGCCUGUCUCACUAAAGCUGGGCAACAGCAGGCGACAGGGCUCCAAGCUGGGGCAACCCACCGUACAGGGACCACCACCUGGUUGGCACCAUGUGACCAGUGCUGGGGAAGGGGGGGCCCAGCACAAGGAGGGGCCACUGGGGCGAGGGAAGAGGCCUCCCAGUUGCAGCAACUCGGGAUGUGCGAGGUCCCACCCCCCCAGGGGCGGAGCCAGGGCUAAGCCCCACCAGCCUUAGCUCCUCCGCCCCUCUGGGAGCCGAGGCAGGCUGGCCUGGCCCCUGCCGUCCCCACAGAGCAGAGGCACCACACGCUGGCCAGCCAGGACACCAGACAUGGUCUGAAGCCCUGCAGGGCCAGAUGCAGUGACUCCCUGACACUGCGAGGAAGGCCCAGGCUGAGCGCGCACCACCUGUCCCCGACAGCCAUGCACGCCAGCCGCUGCUCCAGGCCUCUGCCAUCCCAAGGCCUGAGAUGACACCCAACAGCACCGGGGAGGUGCCUGGCCCCAUCCCCAGGGGCGCCCUGGAGCUGUCACUGGCCCUGGCGAGCCUCAUCAUCGCAGCCAACCUGCUCCUGGCGCUGGGCAUCGCCUGCGACCGCCGCCUUCGCAGCCCACCGGCCGGCUGCUUCUUCCUGAGCCUGUUGCUGGCCGGGCUGCUUACGGGGCUGGCACUGCCCACUCUGCCAGGGCUCUGGAGCCAGAGCCACCGGGGCUAUUGGUCCUGCCUGCUCGUCUACUUGGCUCCCAACUUCUCCUUCCUCUCCCUGCUCGCCAACCUCCUGCUGGUGCACGGGGAGCGCUAUGUGGCGGUGCUGCGGCCACUCCAGCCUCCGGGGAGCAUCCGGCUGGCCCUGCUCCUCACCUGGACCGGCCCCCUGCUCUUUGCCAGCCUGCCGGCCCUGGGCUGGAACCACUGGGGCCCUGAGGCCAACUGCAGCUCCCAGACCGUCUUCCCAGCGCCCUACCUCUACCUCGAAGUCUACGGGCUCCUGCUGCCGGCCGUGGGGGCCGCGGCCCUUCUCUCGGCUCACGUGCUGCUGGCCGCCCACCGCCAGCUGCAGGACAUCCGCCGGCUGGAGCGGGCCGUGUGCCGCGACGCGCCCUCCGCCCUGGCCCGGGCCCUUACCUGGAGGCAGGCGCGGGCGCAGGCUGGAGCCACGCUGCUCUUUGGGCUGUGCUGGGGGCCCUAUGUGGCCACGCUGUUCCUGUCGGUCCUGGCCUAUGAGCAGCGCCCACCUCUAGGGCCCGGAACUCUGCUGUCUCUCCUCUCCCUGGGCAGUGCCAGCGCGGCGGCCGUGCCCGUGGCCAUGGGGCUGGGUGAUCACCGCUACACAGCGCCCUGGAGGGCGGCCGCCCGGAGGUGGCUGCGGGGGCUGCGGGGAAGAGGCUCCCAGGCUAGCCCUGGCCCCAGCACUGCCUACCACACCAGCAGCCAAAGCAGCGUGGACGUGGACUUGAACUGAGGGGCCUCUGCCGCCUCCCACCAGAAGCACCAGCUUGGCCACCAAGCCCCUCGCUGCUAGUGCCCACUUCUCCGACGCCACCCGCCGGCUCUGCUGGCCAUGACCUCAUUCCCUGUGGCAGGGAGGGAGGGGCACGUGGCCGAG